AUGCCUAAUCCCAUAGAAUCAGAAGAUCUAUGGGAAACCAUACUGGCAAAACUACCUCUGAAAAUCGUCACAAGAUUCAAACCGGUAUGCAAGCAAUGGAAAUCACUCGUUGAGUCUCCAGUUUUCCGCAAUCUUUUCGUAUCUCAUCACAAGGAUCAAAACUCGCAAUCUUCUUCAUGGUCGCUCAUGAAUUUGGAUGAUACGGAAGAAGUCUUGGCUCGCUAUAGAUGCGACACUUGGGGACUUGAACGAUCUCUAGGCUCUUACAUCUCAUCUUUCCUAACCGACAAGUUCGACAACCAUAAGGGCAAAGACGGACAAGCCAGAGUCGUGGCUUACACUAGCUACGAUGGGUUGAUUUUGAUCCUACAGAACCGAACUUUCUACGUGGCUAAUCCAGUUUCAAGGGAAUGCGUAGAGAUCGAUCCUCCUCCGGUCUGGUUUGAUAGGAAUAAACUUUUUUUCCACUAUGGAAUAGCCACACAAACUGAUGACAACGGUGUCGUUUUGAGUUACAAAGUUGUUGUAUAUGCACAGUCCAUAAAUCCCAGGAACGGCCUAAGCGAUUUAAGCUUGAUGAUAUAUUCAUCUGCUACAGGCUUGUGGAACCUCGAGCCUCUUCAUUUGCCUUUUAUCUCCUGUAUCAUGUUUCAUGACUUUUUCAAUCCAAUUAGCUUGAACGGAAAUCUUCAUUGGCGAGCCCGUAGAGACAAUGGUUAUGAAGUUAUUUUAUCCAUAGAUUUCUACGCUACGUCUGUUCAAUGCCGUGGGACACCAUUCCCUGAUUUAGAAAAAUUUCCAAGAUUCAGAAGAGUUUGCACAACUUCCCAAGGAUGUCUCAUGUAUAUAAACGUAGAUUCCGAUGAUCAUAAGCUACAUGUGUGGAAGCUAAGUAGCUGGGAAUGGCAACUAGUAUCUAAAACCUCUACGGAUGUAUCGCUCUUCGGUUAUAUUCCGUUGGGAAUAAACCCUUUUGAUGCUACCACGACCUACUUUUGGAGCAAGAAUAGGCCCAAAUGUUUGCUAGCUAUUAACUUACGCAGUGGGAAAUUGGUGUUCCACAACAAUGAGUUGGAACCUUCUGGAAACAUGGAACACAUCUUAAGAUCUAAAACUUCUCUGUUCAGUCUUCCGCUAUGGCUUCAUCGGAUCCCCAACACGGUGAAAAUGGUGUAG